UCCCCAUAGCGAGGCUGCCAUGUAGCAGGCCCCGCCCAGGUCAAUAAUGGCGGCCCCCAUGAGCCAGCAGUUACAGUCUCAGCUCCCGGCGGGCGGCCUGUCUCAGGGAGCUCCCCCGGCCCCGGGAGGAGGGCAGCUCGGCCUCCCACAGCAACAGCAGGACUUCGACCCCGUCCAGAGAUACCGCCUGCUCAUCCCACAGCUAAAGGAGAGCCUGCAGAACUUGAUGAAAGUUGCAGCCCAAAAUCUUGCACAGAAUACAAACAUCGAUAACGGACAGAAGAGCGCGGAUGGUCCUGUGCAGAGAUUUGAUAAGAGCUUAGAGGAGUUCUACGCACUGUGUGAUCAGUUAGAGCUUUGUCUGCGCCUUGCCUAUGAAUGCCUGUCACAGAGCUACGACAGCGCCAAGCACUCGCCCACCCUGGUGCCCACUGCUACCAAGCCUGAUGCUGUUCAGACAGAAAGCUUGCCCUAUACCCACUACCUAAGUAUGAUCAAAUCGCAGAUCGCUUGUGCGAAGGACAUUCACAAUGCCCUGCUGGAGUGCUCCAAAAAGAUCAUGGGCAAGAGUCCUGUCACUCAGGGUGCCCCUUAAGGCUGAAGGUGUGUUAUGCCACACCUGGCACUUUGAGGGCACCUUGUCAUACUACGCUAGUCCUAUCAUGGCCGAGUACAGAAAGCAUGGAAAGGACUGCGAUACUCUGGACAUUCCUGGCAUUUCCUGCAGGAAGGCUAUUUUGAUUGCUAUGAUCAGGAGGUGACUUUCCAUUCAAAACCCGCAUCCUUUAUUUGGAGGCUCUGGGUUCCAUAUUGAUGUCUUGUGGCUUGACUAAUCCCUACUUCUGUGUGUGAGAGCAAUGACGGCUAACUGUAGAUUAGACCUGAGUGCAGUAUCGGUGUGCUGGCUGUACUGAUAGACUCCUCGUUAUCUGUUAACCAGGCCUCGCAGUGUGCUGCCGAUGUGUGGCCUGGGAACGCACUGCGCAUAAAACUAUGGCUGCAAUGGGAAGCCAGCAAUUAUCACUUGUCAAACUAUUGGAGGGUAUUUUUGUUCUAAUAAACGGCCUCCGCCAAUGUUGAUGUGAAUUCUGCGUGCUAGUCAGAGCAGCCAUUUUGUUGUGCGCAUAUUACUGGUAAACUCACUAAUUUCACAAAUACAUUUUCCAGGCAAUGCAAUACGGACUACUAAAGGUGAGCUUCUUUCUCCGAUUCUCUCUGCUGUAUUGUUAGCAAACGAAUGCUCCCACUAACCUUGUCCUCCUGAUGUACAGGGCCACUCUAAGCACCAUAACAACUGCAGCCCCCUGUGUUUAUUAAAGCUAGUUAUUCAGCUCAUGGUGUCAAUGUGAGGUAAAAG